CCCGGACUUCCGCCGGAAGCGGCUCCGGCAGUUGUUGUCUUCUGAUGUUUGUACUCCGGCGGUGUGGGGUUCGUCCCGCCUGGCGGGGUGAGGUUACCGCCGAGGAGCUGGAACGGCAGAGUGGAGCUUAGACCCUGUCAGCGAGAUGGACAUCCUGAAGUCCGAGAUUCUGCGGAAGCGGCAGCUGGUGGAGGACAGGAACCUGCUGGUGGAAAAUAAAAAAUAUUUCAAGCGAAGUGAACUUGCAAAAAAAGAAGAGGAAGCGUAUUUUGAAAGAUGUGGCUACAAGGUACAGCCAAAAGAGGAUGACCAGAAACCACUAACGUCAUCAAAUCCAGUGCUGGAACUUGAACUAGCAGAGGAAAAACUACCCAUGACUCUUUCUAGGCAAGAGGUCAUCAGAAGACUGCGAGAAAGAGGAGAACCAAUUAGACUAUUUGGAGAAACGGAUUAUGAUGCUUUCCAACGUUUAAGAAAAAUAGAGAUUCUUACACCAGAAGUUAACAAGGGCUUAAGGAAUGAUCUGAAAGCAGCUUUGGACAAGAUUGACCAGCAGUACUUGAAUGAAAUUGUGGGUGGUCAGGAACCUGGAGAGGAGGACACACAGAAUGACUUGAAAGUUCACGAAGAAAACACCACCAUUGAAGAAUUAGAGGCACUGGGAGAGUCCUUAGGGAAAGGUGACGAUCAUAAGGACAUGGACAUCAUCACGAAGUUCCUGAAGUUUCUUCUUGGCGUUUGGGCUAAAGAAUUGAAUGCCAGGGAGGAUUAUGUGAAACGCAGCGUGCAGGGCAAACUGAACAGUGCUACCCAGAAGCAGACCGAGUCCUACCUCAGACCGCUUUUCAGAAAGCUCCGGAAAAGGAAUCUUCCUGCUGAUAUUAAAGAGUCGAUAACAGAUAUUAUUAAGUUCAUGUUACAGAGAGAGUAUGUGAAGGCAAAUGAUGCAUACCUUCAGAUGGCCAUUGGAAACGCUCCCUGGCCUAUUGGUGUCACUAUGGUUGGAAUCCAUGCGAGAACUGGCAGGGAAAAGAUUUUUUCCAAGCAUGUUGCACAUGUUUUAAAUGAUGAAACCCAGCGGAAAUACAUUCAGGGACUGAAGAGGUUAAUGACAAUUUGCCAAAAGCACUUUCCUACGGAUCCAUCAAAAUGUGUGGAGUAUAAUGCGCUAUGAGAUCUAUGUGCAGUGUGUACAUAACAGGAAGCCUCAGCAAGCAGCAUUCGGAUUUCUGGCCUUACCACACAACAAAGGAAGAGUUCUACAAUAGAGUUCCAUUGGAUGCAAUUCUUGUUGGUCUUAAGAACUGUGUUGACUUUCAUAUGGUAUUGGAUUGCAAACAAAUUUUUGUGUGUUGCUUUCAUUUUAAUCAAUUGAAAAAAUUAAAUUCUAAAGCUAUUGUCCAUAGUGUAAAUGUGUAGACAACAAGGAGAAGGGAAUUUGAACUGACCUUUCUCCCCAGGACCCAAAAGUGUGUCAUUAGAUAAUUAGAAACAUUUGAGAGUGGGUUUAAGCUUUCUGUAAAUUAUCAUGAUUUGCACAUUUCUCUCAUGUGGUAUUUAUAGAAAAUACUUUUUGUAUUUCAACAAAAGUGUUGGACCAUUGAAUGUUCCUUUACAGUUCUUAAAUGUUUUCUGGACUUCUGCCAUCAUGCAAUAGAAUGUGUUACUGUUAAGUGUUAUUUUUCUUGUGAUUCAGACUUGCUUUUGUUUCUAAGCAAGGCACAUUUUAGUAUUUGUCAUUCAUCCUGGACAGAUAAAAUUAACAGAGAUAGAAGGUUGGAAAGCAAAGAUGGUAUAUUCCACCAGCAUAAAUUCAAAACACUAGUGCAUCCAGGUUAGGGUGAGGAGAUGGGCAUGGGAGCCAUCUGAGAAAGGCAGCCUCGUGACAGGGAUGCCGAAGAGGGUGGAGUUCCUGGCUUCACCGUACCACACUCAGUCCUCACUGUGGCUUCACAAAAUGAGGACUUGCUGUAGGUCUCACAGGGUGGAGCUUUGGUCAUCGUGACCACUCACUGCUGCGGUGCUGAGAGGACUGGGUUGUUAUGUGACAAGUUGAAUGGUAGUGUCAGAGAGGCAAGAAUGGGUGGGCCACAUGAAGACUGGCAGCUUCUCGGCUCCAUGCACUACCAGAGCAGUGGUGGACAAGUGCUUUCAUCUUGCAGGGCUUUGGUUUAUCACAGUGGUGGUGAGAGUACAUACCUCCUGUUGUUAUUGUAUAAGUAAAAUGCUGAGCCUGCUGCCUGGCAGAGAACAAGAGAUCAUUAUUAUUGCUUGGUGUGUAUUCUUAAUACAGUGUAGACCAAGGGUCUUUAUGAGCCCUGCGCUGGGACUACAGUAGGAUAGUAUGAACUGGUGUAGUAACAACAACAAUGAUUGUGUUAGCAGUAGUAGCAAAUGAUGGAAUUAUUAAGUUUCCUGUCCAAGUUUAGAAGUGCAGAGAGUGGGAGCCUGAGGCUGCUGGAGGUGGCUUAGAGUCACAGUUGCUUUUUCUGGUCCCUCUUGAGAAAGAGUGAAAGCCACUUUUGACUACUUAAGGUCCAAGGCUGUGCACAGAUAGGACAGUCUGCCAGUUACUUGCAGGGAAGUAGGUGUCAGUCUUGGUUUGAAUUAGUGUCCCACACCCCACUGUAGAAGUCUUUUCGUAUGAUAAGUUAGGUAGAACUUUGGGGGAUUUAUUUGACUAAUGAGAAACUUUCAUGAGAUGUGCAACAAAUCCCUACCUGUGGCAUGUGGUUUGUUAUAAAAAGGUCUUCUUUAUGAAUAUUGCCGGAUAAUGCCCAAAUCACUUAGUCGUCAUCCACUGUCGAGUCACAGCAUGGUAAGUGAUUUUAUGUUGUCUUCCUUUCUGUUGUUGAUAUUCCACAUGAAGAAGAAACUGUAUCAUGGGAUUUCAGUACUUUUUAAAAUUGAUCAGUCUGGGCUGGUGGGUUUUUGUUUGUUUGUUUGUUUUUUUGAGGGGUUAUAUAUUCUACAGGACUGUGACUUUAGCCAUUCUGGGUUUGGAGGGAAGCAUGUUCAAAUAUGUGGCUCUCUCAGGAAAGUUUUUCAUAUCUUAAAUUAAUGAAGCUAUAUAGAAACUCCUGGGAUAUGUAGAGAGGUGAUCUUUCAAGUCAUGGAAAUUGUACUUCUGCAUAUACUAUAUAUUUUUGUUUCAAUUUUCUUAAAACAAUAAAGAUAUACUUUUUCUUUUAAACA